GUGUAGCCUAAUUUUGUCGUCACUCAUCCAGCAUUUUCUAUUACAAUCACAGAAAACAGAAGGCUGCUGGGAAAGCCCAAACGUAAAAUGGGCUUAGGGUGAGAUAUACCGUCGUUUUUAGGCAUUCAGGGUUUGACGCACAAAGCAACCAAAGCGGGAAACGAGAUUACUGAUUGAUUAGAAGAAUAGAGAAAAUCAAGUCAAGUAAGGGCACCCUUGAUUCUCUACUGCAUCUGUUUAGUACCCAAAGGAGUUUCAUUUCCAACGCACCUGUCAAAACUUCAUACGAUAUGUCGGGCAGGAAAGAAACAGUCUUGGAUUUGGCAAAGUUUGUAGACAAAGGUGUUCAGGUCAAACUCAGUGGUGGUAGACAAGUCACAGGGACCCUAAAAGGAUAUGACCAGCUACUAAAUCUUGUCCUGGAUGAAGCUGUAGAAUUUCUUCGAGAUCCAGAUGAUCCGAUGAAGACUACGGAUCAGACCAGACGCCUUGGCUUGAUAGUUUGUAGGGGUACUGCAGUUAUGCUGGUGUCACCAACUGAUGGCACAGAUGAGAUUGCCAAUCCAUUCAUCCAGCCAGAUGGAGCUUGAUCUGAUUCGAUCUUAGCUUUCCUUUCUCUACUUCUAACAUUUCAAGCCCGUAUUGUAUGUGCAUGUUUUUUAUCUCUUCACCUCCACCUUAUAUUUUAGAAUAUUGGGGAAUUGAAUUGAAUUAUGCUUUUAAAUAUGACUGUCCGUCAACUCAACUAAAGUGUCCAAAAUGAAGUUAUUUGUUAG